GCAAGUGGAAGACAGGUCUUUGAAAUACAUGAUGGCCACUUGUCAGCUUUUACACACUAGACAAAAGAAGUCUUCUAAGGAAUCAGUGUUGUUCCCCAACAAAAUUGAUACUGAGCAGCAGUCUGUGGUGCUGGUGAAGAGACUUCUGGCCAUCUCUGUCUCCUGUAUAACAUACCUGAGAGGGCUGUUCCCAGAGAGUUCUUACGGAACUCGCUAUUUAGAUGACCUCUGUCUAAAAAUUCUCCGAGAAGAUAAAAGCUGUCUGGGAUCAUUUCAGAUAGUCAAGUGGAUUCAAGGUUGUUUUGAUGCUUUGGAGAGGCAGUAUUUGCAUAUCGCUGUCCUAGCAAUUUACACCAAUCCCAAGGAACCGGAGACAGUGACUGAACUGUAUCAAUUCAAAUUCAAGUACAAAAAGGAGGCGCCCCAGAUGGACAUCAUCAGCAACAAAAUGAACUUUGUGAAUGGGGUGUGCAGCGAGGACAUUAAACAAGCCAGCAGUCUGCUGAUCCGUAAGCUGUACCUGUUAAUGCAAAACCUUGGCCCACUUCCCAGUGACAUUACCCUGACCAUGAAACUCUUCUAUUACAAUGAAGUAACUCCUAACGAUUACCAGCCGCCUGGCUUUAAGGAAGAAGUCAGCCCUGCGGACCUGUUGUUUGAUGGUGAUCCCGUCAACCUGAAAGUAGGGUCAGUCUCCACUGGGUUCCACACCAUGAAAGUGAAAGUAACGACUGAAAACAAAAGAAUGGGGAGAGUUGAAAGCAACCUGAUCCAGAAGAAUGGCCCUACUAAGAUCUCCCAUCAAGGGUUAGACUAUGAUGAAGAGGAAGAGGAGGGGAGCGCCAAGGACGAUCCUCUCCCUGUCAGAGCAGAUUCAGGUGAGCCUGAAAAGGACAAAAAUGAUACCCAUCCAGGCUGGAGAACUGAAGCAUCUUCUUUUUGCCUUGAAGAUACAGGUGGAAAGGAGAAGACAGAAAUAAAAGAAAAGGGCAGAAUGCCUUCCUCAAGGGCCUCUCAGCAGAUGAAGAUCAGGAUUAAUUCUACUGAUGUCAGUGCGUUAGCUUUACUGGAAACUGAUAGGAGAUUAGUGCCAAGCCCUGCCUCGACCGUUUAACCUCUGUGCCGCCUUCACAGAAUGGCAGAGGUCAGAGGGGACCACUGGAGAGCCUCUAGACCAGCCUGCGUGCUCAAAGCAGGCUGCCCGGGACCUUGUCCAGUCACAUCCGAGCAUCUCCAAGGAUGGAGACUCCAUGACCUCUCUGGACAACCUGUGCCAGUUGAUCACCCUCAUAGUAAAGAAAAGCUUUUCCAUAGGUUUCAAUGGAAUUUGCUGCAAUUCUGUGUCCUUUCCUUGUCUUUUCACUGGGGACCACAGAGUGCAUUGUGAACCCUUAUUUCACUGUCCUUGGAGGGCAUGGAGCAGCCAGCUGUCAGUGAGUGAAUGAGAAUUAUUGCCU